UUACAAUGAAUUGACAAUGCAAACUCAGCUAUUAAACUACUCAUAUUCAUUCUAACAAUUCCGUUGUCAAUUUACAGCGCCCGAAUCAGGAUGAAGUAGUGAGACAGAACAACUCCGCGACUUCUACAAUACUCUCAAACUCGGAACAGACACCUGUUUCAGACAGGCACGCGACAAUGUAUCGGUCCACAAAAGGAGCCUCAAAGGCUCGGAGGGAUCAAAUCAACGCAGAGAUUCGGAACAUCAAGGAACUGUUGCCCAUUUCCGAUUCGGACAAAGCUCGACUCUCCUACCUACACAUCAUGUCCCUUGCCUGCAUGUACACCCGAAAGUCUGUAUUCUUCUCUCAAGCCGCUCUUCAAGACGAGACCACGGACGUAAUGUUGUUUCAGGAGCUGUCAGGGCUGAUGCACGAACUGUUCGGUUUCAUGAUACUCCUAACGAGCGAUGGAAAACUUCUGUAUCUAUCAGACAACGUCGCAGACCACCUCGGGCAUUGCAUGGUGGACCUGGUUGCCCAGAGUGAUAGUGUGUAUGAUAUCAUUGAUCCUAUGGACCACUUUGUCAUAAGGAGCAACCUUGUUCCUCCUUUUUCUCCUCCUACAGACAAGUUAUUUCGAUGUCGCUUCAAUACUACAAAGUUCAUCCGGCGACAGGGUGCGGAGAACAAGUUGAUGCUGGUCAGAGCUCGUUGCCUCACCCCACCGUGCCCUGUCUCUGCAUACUGGACCUCCAACCCAGUAUGGGUGUGUUUCUGUACCCCUCUGAAGACAAAAACGCCUUACCUUACAAUCGCCAAGAGUGCCCCCCUCACCCCACCCCCUGAGCAGUCCUUCCUACUGGCUUGUUUCCACUCUCAACACCACAGGGACAUGAGGCUUUGGGAUGCCCAGGACAGUGUGAGUGUGUACCUGGGCUACGAUGUGGAGUUUCUACGCUCUCGCUCCUGGUACAGCCUGGUCCAUCCCAGGGAUCUCUCCCAUGCCUCUACACAGCACUGUCUCCUAUUGAGUGAAGGAGAGGGGAGGCAGGUGGACAUGGUGGUGCAGGUGGAGGCAGCAGACCACUCAUGGGUCUGGCUCUAUAUGGUCCUCCAGCUGAACAUCGACGAAAACCCCAUCAGCUGCCACAACUACAUCAUCAGUGAGUCAGAGGCAUGUUCAAUACGCCAGCAGAGCUCUUGUGAGGAGCCCAUGCAGCCAGUUGGUUAUGGUCCUCGGUCUAGCCUGUCGUCUCUGGAUGAAGAGAACUUCCCCCAGGCACAUGGAGGACAACUCCAGUGGGAACCAAAGACCAGCCUUCUCUCUGUUGGACCAACCACUGUGUACCCUCCUGCCUCACUGACGGACACUAAGUCUGAUGUUCUGACUCAAAGAAUUCCCUCUCAUCUAACCAAUAUGUCAGAAGCCCUCCCCUCCUCCCUCAUUAAGCCCCUCGCCCCUCUUACUAUGCCCCACCCUCAACAGAUUGGGGAGUGUGCAUGCACUCCCCCGUAUACCCCUCAUCUUGCUAGUGGAAGUUUUCCUUUUGUGGAGAAACUGCAACUCAGUUUUGAUCCUUUCAAUGCAGCUGUGUCCUGCCCAGUGGCUCAUGAGGUUAUUAACUCAGCACAUAGUGCACCAGCCUUCUCCCAGGUCCUCUCUUCCGAGCAUCCUCAGGUACUCUUCCCGGCAGAGCCCCAUGGAAAGCUGCCCCCCACCACCAAUAGUUUUGUGGGAGAUGAAUGCUCCAUCAUGGGCCUGCCACAGAUUAGUGGUCCCUUGUAUGUGGAUGUUCCCCACAGGCCCUUCCAUGGCCCUCUGAAUGAGCUCCUCCUAACUCCAGAGGCUUCCCCCACACAUCCUCCCUGCUCCUUCUUCUCCACAGAGAAAGAGCAGGAGCGAGAGAGGGAGGACAUUUCUCUCUUGGCUAAAUAUAUUAGCUCUUUAGCUGAGGGAUUCUAUUGUGACCCUCUUCUACCCAGAGUAACCCCACCCACCUUCUCAUCUUCACCCAGUCUUCAGGCCACAUCCCAGAAUCCCUCUCCUCCUUGCGGAGCCGAGUGUCCGCCCUGGAGGGGGCUAGACCCGCCCCUUAGCCGAGAGGAUAUCUCUCUGUAUGAGGAGAGUAUGGCUCUAGAGAGCCUAAUUGAGGAGCUCUCAACUUUCCCUUUGUCCCCCUCUUCAUGCUCCUCUCCUCCCUCUUCCUCCUUUAAGUCCUUCCCUCCAUGCUGGCCACUCAUCCCAGUGAGCAGGUGUAAGCCCAGCCUCUUCAAGGGUGAAUCUUCAAUUGGUGUAAACCACUUCUGUAGCGUCCAGUCGACGCAGUGUAACUACUUGGCAGUGGGUGGAGCUAUGAUGGCCGUCGGGGCAGGGAUUAAGAGAGACAUGGAGGAGUCAUCUGAGAGUGAGAUGGAUACGGACGUGUCAGUGGAGCCUCUAUUGUCACUACCAUCGUCAGCCAUCGCUCUCACAGCCUUUCAGGAGUGUGCCCCUGCCUUUGUCCAUCCGGCUCCCACCAUCGGUUUGCCCCAUGCCCAGUCCCUUCUGGAGGAACUGGAUACCAUGGAAUCUGUGUUUGAGGCAGAUGCCUCUUUCAACCCGUCUCGGGGUGACAACCUGAGUUGUAUCAACUCCCACUCAACCAUACAUUCACAAAGCUUCCACCAAGAUGGAAACCUGCGUGACCCUCUUCUAAAAUAA